GCUCCAGCACGUCGAUCCUUCAACGGCCGAAGCACCUGAACAGUGCCAUCAUGCGGCCACACUGUCGAAUGAACGAAGAAGUCAAGUCGACAUUUGUACAUUCCCAAGCAUGAUGCGCCGCCUUCCCAUCCCUCGGCGCUUUUCUGGCUUUGCGAAUACUCUGUCCGUGCAUCGGCCGUUGUCCCGCUCGCUCGCUUCAAGUUCGUGGCCGACGCAUGACCUGGUCGAUGCAAGUCAACUGCCUGACCACCUCGAAUGGGCCCCAGAAACCGUGACGGCUCAAGCUCUCGGAUGGGUGGACAAAGCCACGGCUGCUAUCUCGCCUCCCAUCCAUGUCAGCAGUACUUUCCAGCGCGAUGCUGACAACCAGUACCGAUCCGGUCGCAUGUAUGCCCGAUCGGACAAUCCUGCAUUCGAUCAACCCGAGUCUGUCAUCAAUACCCUCGAAGGUGGGAGCGACACAAUACUCUUUUCCAGCGGCAUGGCGGCGGCCACAGCUGUGUUCCUAGCUCUGAAGCCUGGUGAUCACGUGUUGAUUCCAAGAGUAAUGUACUGGAGUUUGCGCAACUGGCUGACGACGCAUGCUGCAUCGUGGGGGCUGGACGUGGAGGUCAUCGAUAUGACGAGCGUCGACGCUGUCGCCGCUGCAGUGCGUCCAGGCCAGACACGGUUAGUGUGGGUGGAAACGCCGUCAAACCCGCUUUGGACUGUGACUGACAUUGCCGCGACUGCCGAUCUUGCCCACGCAGCCGGCGCCUUGCUGGCUGUCGACUCCACGGUGGCUACCCCCGUUCUCACAACGCCUUUGUCCUUCGGCGCCGAUAUUGUCAUGCAUGCUGCGACCAAGUAUCUCAACGGGCACAGCGACGUCGUUGCUGGAUCCCUCACCACGCGUUCAAUCGACAACGAGCAUUGGCAGCGAGUUCGUCAAGUUCGAACGACCCUUGGCGGUACUCUUGGGUCCUUUGAAGCGUGGUUGCUCCUGCGAGGCAUGCGCACAUUGCAUUUGCGUGUGCGGUCCGCAACGGCUUCAGCACAGAUCAUUGCGGAGCACUUCAACACACAUCCUCUUGUCGACGCGGUGCUCUACCCUGGUCUCCCACACUGCCACGGGCAUGAGAUUGCCACACGCCAAAUGCAAGGAGGCUACGGAGGCAUGAUUUCCAUUCGCGUGAAAGGGGGUGAAAUUGCUGCACUGACUGUGGCUGCCAACACCAAGCUAUGGAAACGAGCUACGUCGCUGGGAGGGACGGAAAGCCUCAUCGAGCACAGGGCCAGUGUAGAAGGAGUGGAGUCGCCUGCUCCGCUGGACCUCUUGCGGCUGUCGGUGGGCCUUGAGUCCGUCGAAGACCUCGUUCAAGACAUCGAGACGGCGCUAAAGGUUGCUCACUCCUCGACUUAGACAUGUCCCAGUGAGAAGUUUGUGUAUACCACGUGAAAAUAAAAAGUUGUUCCUCGGGUCCAUCUACAUAGGAUACAAAAAUUCAAUAGCC